UUUUACAAAAUUAUAAAUCACUUUUAAAGUCGGGUCAAAUUAGAUUCGAUUACAAAGUCGGGUAAAUUUCGAAUUAUCGGAAUUCAAAUCUGUUUUGAAACCCCUCUACAGAGCACAUAAAUUUUUCUUCCAAUUUUUGGUCAUGGCAAUCCGAUUCUCUUCCGUACUGUCAAAGACGAAGCAAAUUCUAACGAAAAACCAGCAAAUUGUUCCAAAAGGGUACAUUCCAGUGUAUGUAGGAGAAGUGGAAGCAGACAAAAAAAGAUAUGUUGUGCCACUUUCUUAUUUGAGUCACCCUGUUUUUCAAGAUUUGUUACAAAGUGUCGAGGAGGAGUUCGGGUUUAAUCAUCCAAUGGGUGCUCUUACCAUUCCUUGUACUCAACAAACAUUCUUUCAUCUUACUUCUAAAUUGAAGUAUUAAUAUAUUAUAUACUCCAUGUUAAUUGAGAUUUAAUUAUUCAUUUAUUCAUUA